GUUUUCACAGAAUUACAACAGCCGUAACCAGUCGUAACUUUACAACCGACCACUCCACUAUUAUUUUAAUAAAUCGCGCGUGACAGCUUAAUAAAAAAUCAUUUAAAUCCAAUAGAAAAGUAAUAAUUAACAAGAAAAAAAAAAUAUUUAAUUUCAAAAUAAAAGAAAUGGAUUUGUGACAAAAUGACUGAUUAUGUCCAGGAGCACAAAAAUUUGAAAAAAAUCAAAACCUAGAUUAAAGUUGUCAAUUAUGUGGUGGAGAUAAAUUUAUCCUGAAGAUUUUAAAUAAAGAGAUAAAAAGUUUAAAUAUUUUGGGUGAGUGUUAAAGUGAAGUGGGUCUCGGUGAGAUGGCCUUCAUGAUGAAGAAGAAAAAGUACAAAUUUUCAGUUGAUCUUGUUCUGGAGGAACUCACCGCAGUGCCUUUUGUUAGUGCGGUUUUAUUUGCCAAGAUGCGAUUGCUAGACGGUGGAUCUUUCGUUGAUCAUUCAACUAGGGAAGAAGUUCAGGAGCACACGGUACGAUGGAAUGCUAAAUUUGAAUUUUUAUGCAAAAUGAGUGCCAGUGCUUCUACUGGAGUCCUCGAUCCUUGUGUUCUGCGGAUAUCCAUAAGAAAAGAAUUAAAAGGAGGUCGAUCAUUUCAAAAAUUAGGAUUCACUGAUUUAAAUCUUGCGGAGUUUGCUGGAGCUGGAUUGUGUAGACGCAGAUGUUUGUUGGAAGGCUAUGACGCGCGUCAUCGCCAGGAUAAUUCGAUGCUGAGAGUCGCUAUCAAGAUGAACAUGCUCUCUGGAGACAUUCUUUUUAAAGUACCGUCGCCGUCGUUGAAACAAACUCAGCUAACGGUUCCUGGUGCUCCAGGUGCUCCAGGAAUUGCUGACGAAAUAAUUGGCGGUGACAGAUGUUCUAAUCGCGAGGACUACGUAUCAAGUGGUUCUUUAGCUGGCAGUACAGCGAGCGCUAGCAGUGGGUUUGGUAGUCUUCCUAAAAAGAGGCCUGCGCUUUUUUCUUCCGAAUUGCUCAGCGGGACGGAAUCCUACGACCCAAUGACAUUAAAUGAAGUGGUACCUUCAGCAGUGCCUCCAGAUGUACUGACCGAGGUUCACACUGAGUCAGGACACUCUCGAAACUCGAGUAACACCAGCCAGCUGAGCAAAGGCUCCGGCUACGGUUCUCUAAACUCCCACAGUCAGCACAGCAGACAAAGCAGCAGCGGUGACAGCGGACACAUCAGGUCACCCUCUUGGCCGGUAUGGGCGCCACGGCUCCCUACCCUGUCACAAAAUGAACCUUACCAACAAAAAAGUUCCCUAAAUAAUCAGACAUUAUUAACUCCCCCGUCACCGCUGUCUCGAUUGAGUACAGAAACGUCAACUCCAAAGCGUUUUUGGACAAACUCUAUCCCACCCGAGCCCGUUAGAUCCUUGAGUAAUGUCCUAAAAACAAGUUGUCCAGUUGGUUCAAAUGCCAACGGCACCUGCUCUACCAGAGACAGCAUUAACUUCAAAAGACCUCCGCCGCGAAUUUCCCAGUCAACCUGGCGCAAUAUGUCCAAGACUUGUGACUGCAUUGAUCACCAGCCAAGUCCAGUUUUAUUGCGCCUCGGUGACCAGGCACGUGCUGUCUCAUCACCAGAUCCUCUUCAUCGGCCCGAAACUCCUCGCGCCUCCUCGUUUAUCUCCGCCGCUGCUCAGACCCUCAGAGGCAUCGGAGGUGGGCACAGAAAAUUACUUGAUGGUACGGGAGGGAAACUAGCAACAGUUACAACAAGUCCAGACUCUGAUGAAUCGAUGCUAAGUGUCCCAUCAGAUGUAUCGACUGCUACUUUGCAGCAUCGUAACAGCAUUACCCCAUUAAAUCCUUCUGGUGGAUCGGGACUCAGUGAAACUGGAUCAUUGGAUCGCGCAAAAGCAGCACUUGAGCGGCGGAAAAAAGCUGAAGACUCGACUGGUAACUCGGUAGCAUGCAGAGUUGAAGUGACACGUCCUAAUCCGGACUCAUUGAUUGACGAAUUGCUUAAAGCAACAAAUUUAGAGCAGACUGAUCUCGAAAGUGCUGAGACGUCUGGAUUGCAAUUAUUUAUUGGAAAAGACGGUACAACAGCACUUGGUAGUCAUGAAAUAAAAAGCCAAAUGCCGGCAGGUGUAUUUAAACAAGUUGUUAUGGAAGAAAACAAUAGGUAACAUCAGCAGAUUACGACGACAAUGUCGUCGACGUCUGGAUCCUCACUAAGAAGACAGUACUCGUCAUCACGACAGUCAACAAUACCACCAACAUUUUCCCUAGCUCUUGUACCGGAACUCGUUAUGGAAACUUCCGAACCGAGAUAGUAAAAAAACAUUAUAUUUUUUAACAAAUAUAUUAUUUAUCCACUUUAUCAUUUUUUUAAAAAAAUUUUUUCGGGAAUUUCUGUCUGAUUUCUACAGUCCACCGAAUUCUGAUCACGUCUGAAUCGCACAUGAGACUAAGACUUUAUUUUCGUUAUUUUUACUCUGUACUAAAUAAUUAUUUAAAAUAUUUUUCUUCCUGGACUAAAAAAAAAUUCGUAGUUAAAAUAAAAUUUAAAAAAAUUAAAUAGAUAGAAAAAUAAAUAAAAGUUUUAUCAAUUUUUAACUACAAUUACUUGCAUCAAUCUUUAUUUAAAAAUGUAAAUAUUUUAAUCAAAUGGCUACGGUGUUUUUUUUUUUAAUUUUUAAUUUUAAACGAGCUUGAAUUAAUUAAUAUUUCGAUGCAAGUUAAUUAAAUGUUAAAAAUUUGUAUAUAUUAAUUAUUAAAUAUUAAAUUUAAAAAUAUGUAGUUGUUAUUUAGAUAAGUGGCGCUUCAAACAGACAAAUAAUAAUUUAAAAUAUUUAGUUAUGGCUCUGGAAAUUUUAAAUCAUAAAAAAACAAUGAAUACAAAUUUAUUUAAUGAUCAUAACUUUUUUAAUUUUGAAAUUAUCGAUUCGCGGAUAAGGACCUUUUUUGUAGGAAAUUUAAUUUCCUACAAAAAAGUCUUAUGCCGCGAGUCGAUUAGUUCAAUGUUUAAAAAAUUAUGGAAACAAUUAAAAUCCGCGGGGUUAAAAUUUUUAAAUAAUUUUUUAUUGUUCAAAAUAAACGGAGCCAGAUCUAAUUAGUUAUACAAACAUCAAUCGAUACAUCAAUAUUAUUAUUUAAUUUAAAAAUAAAAUAAAAUUUUGUUCGCCACUUGAUGGAUGCCAUAAAUUCCAAUUUAAAAAAUUAAAUAAUUAAAAAAAGGUGGAAUUGAAGGAUAUUUAUUAUUUAAAUAAUUAAUUAAUAAAAUUAGACUUGCCAAAAUAUAAUUACUAUUUUUUUUUUUUUCGUUAUUUUCGAUUAUUAAAUCAUCACGUGACAUCACUGACUGAUUUCUUAAGGUAUUAAUAAGAAUUAUUAUUAUUAUUAAUUAUAAAACGCAGUGGCUUCUUAAUUAUAUCUCAGUGACUAUUUUCUUCCAAUUGUAUGAAAAUAUAAAAUUUUUUAAUUAUAUAAAUAUUUUGUAAAGAG